CAUUCUAUUUCUAUAUCUCAUCUGUUUCCCUGAAAAAACAAGGUAGACAAGAAAAGUCAAGAAAUAGAGAGAGGAAGAAAUGUACGGAUUCUCGAGCCUGAGUACCAAGGAUUUAGGGAAGGAGGUUGAUCUCGAGGCUGGCAAUGGAGAGACGUUGUACCCUGGUUUGAGUCUGGGGGAGAACCAACUUCGAUGGGGCUUGAUCCGCAAGGUCUACGGCAUUCUUGCCGUCCAGCUGAUGCUCACCACCAUAGUCUCCGCCUUCACCGUCCUCUACACCCCUGUCAACGCUCUCCUCGGUGACAGUCCUGGCCUCCUUUUGCUCCUCUGCAUCGUUCCCUUCAUCCUGCUGUGGCCCUUGCACGUUUUUCACCAGAAGCACCCAGUCAACCUGAUUCUCCUUGGUCUCUUCACUGUGUCGCUAAGCCUUUUGGUUGGAGUAAGCUGUGCUAAUACAGAUGGGAAAAUUGUGCUUGAAGCACUAAUUUUAACCUCAGUUGUGGUUUGCUCUCUAACUGGAUACACUUUCUGGGCUUCUAAGAAGGGUCAUGACUUCAGCUUUUUGGGACCAAUUUUAUUCACCAGCCUCAUCAUACUCAUCGUAACUAGUUUUAUCCAGAUGUUCUUCCCUCUUGGCUCAACAUCUACAGCUAUCUAUGGUGGAAUCAGUGCUCUGGUUUUCAGUGGAUAUAUUAUUUAUGACACUGACAACCUGAUCAAGCGCUUCUCAUAUGAUGAAUAUAUUUUGGCCUCUGCUGCUCUCUACCUGGACAUUCUGAAUCUGUUCCUUUCCAUUUUACGUGUUCUGAGUCAAAGAAGCAAUUAGUUUUUACAAGAUACUCUUUACCAGCCUAGCAGGCAUGCAAGCUAUACCUUCAUAAAAACUAAAUCCAGUUAAGAUUGUGGAUGGUUGAUAUUGUGUUGAAUGUACUUGUGACGAGAGGAUUGUUGAUUCAUGCAGAAUCCUAAUGUCUUGCAUUUACCUUAAUCAAAUCUACUAUAGUAAAUAGAUUUGUUGUUGGAA